AUGAGUAAAGUAGAUCCAACCUUGACUGAUAGCCAGGCGUCAUAUUACAUUCCCCAUCAAGCAGUUAUACGUCCUGAAAGUUCCACCACAAAAAUGCGUAUUUUUUUUGAUGCAUCAGCGAAAACAUCUUCGGGUAGAUCAUUAAAUGAUAAUCUCCUCUGUGGACCUAAACUGCAACAAGACCUACCGAGCAUCGUUCUUAGAUUCCGCCUGCAUGCAAUUGUGUUUACUAACGAUGUAAAACAGAUGUUUAGACAGAUAGUCGUCACUGAACCUCAUCGACCAUACCAGCGGCUUUUAUACCGAUUCAACUUAAAUGAACCUAUUCAAGAAUAUGAGAUAAAUAUUGUCACGUUCGGUCAGAAGUCUUCUCCGUUUCUGGCUAUUCGCACACUCCAAAAACUUGCGCAGAACGAAGCUGCAACCGCCCAAGCAAUAAAAACAAUUAUUCAACGUCAUUUGUACGUAGAUGACGUCACGACAGGGACAAAAACAGAAGAAGAAGCAUGCGUAUUGCAGCAGAAACUGAUCACCAUAUUCGCAAAAGGCCAAUUUGAGCUACGCAAGUGGGCUAGUAAUUCUGCGAAGUUUCUAGGAAAAAUCAAGAGGAGCACCAUCAAACUAGCUCAAAGUCAUUUAAUGAACACGGUUUGGAUUAUACCAAAGUGCUUGGAUUAA